GAAAAUACCCAGCUGGUUGAGUUGAUUGAAGGACUCCGAGAGCGGCAGAAGAAAACCACAGACACCAGACUUCUUGAUGUAGAGUCGGAGAACAAGAAGUUGCAAGACAUUAACCUGCAACUACAGAGUCAGGUAUCACGCCUUGAGUAUGAGAAGCAGCAGCUGAACAGACUGACUGAGAGGCUUCGAGAGAGUGCAGACAAGUUAUCUGAAGUCGAGCACCAAAAGAAUGAGAUUGAACGGGAGAACAGAGAUCUGCAGAAGGCCAUUGCUGCCCUGCGUGAGAGCUGUGAGAAGCAUGAGACUCUGGAGCACGACUAUGCCAGCCUGGAAGUGGAGUAUAGCAGAGUUUCUAAAACUUUGGCCAACAUGCGAGAAACUGUGGCAAAGCUUGAGAGUGCCCAGAGUGAGAAACUCCAGAUGCAGGUGGAGGUGGAGCGCCUCAACCGCUCCAUGGACAGCCUCCGGUCCUCCUCCGUCCGCCUGGCUGACCUGGAGUCGGAGAAGGAGACUCAGCUGCAGCAAAUCAACCUCCUGCAGCAAGAGUUAACCUCCCUGAAGGCCCAGAAGAGCAGGGCAGAGCAGGCAGAGCUGGAACUGCUGACAGCCAACAAUGAGGUGCAGAAGAAGAACAGGACUCUUGACACUGUGCAGAAGAAGUUGGCAGAAUCGGAGAAGGAGAAGGCUGAGUUGGAGAAUGAGAACUCUAAGCUUCAGAGAACAGUUGAGACCCUGAAACUUUCAACCAAAAAGCUGAAUGACAUGGAAAGAGAUCUCACCGAGCUGGAGAGUACAAAUGACCGGCUGGAUCGUGAAAAUAAAUCCCUCCAGAAAGAGGUUACAAGAUUGCGUAAUGCUAUGGAGGUGAAGGAUGGCCUCAUUGACGAUGCUGCGAGCAAAAUAUCCACUCAGGAGCGAGAUAUCAAGAGACUCAACAAAGAUGUAGAACAGUUCAGAACAAGUGAUAACAGAGUUCGAGAAUUAGAGAAGGAGAAGAGAGAACUUGAACAACAAAUGAUGACUGAACGUAAAACAUUAAGUUGCUUAAGAGAAGAUUUGGUUGCAGAAAAGGUCAAGACGCAGCAACUCUCCAACCAGCUUGACAGCCUGAGAUCGGACCUUUCUAAGCUUGGACUUAAUGCCGACAACCUGACUGCUCCAGCUUCAGAUAAUGAUGAUGACCGAUACAAGGCCCUAGAGUCAAUGCUGGAAGAAACCCUGAAGAGAAGUGUGGAAGUGAGAGAGGAGAAGAUCGCCUCCCUCGAGUCACGGCUGAACGAGUCUGUCAGCAGGAACAAGGAACUGCGGAAGCAUUUGAUGGAGGUUAAGAGCGAUUUUGAGACCUUGCGUCAACGUCACCAGGAGGAAGGUGUUAUUGAAGAUGUGUCCAAGGAGGUGGCAAAGCUUAGAGAGUCAGUUUACCGCACUAAUGAGGAGAAAGGUAGCCUGGAAAAUGAAAUCGCUGAACUCAAAUCUCAGGCAGCAAGUUACAGGGAGCAGGUUUGUGCUCUCCAAUCUCAGGUGACAUCUCUGUCCAACCAAAACACUGUCCUAUCCCAGCACAAUGCAACACUUCAGGGUGAAAAUGCCCGAUUGCAGGUGGAGAAUACAACCUUGCAGUCACAGUCAGCUUCUCUGAUUGCUCAGAAUUCUGCUCUCCAGACUUCUGCCACUCAGAGUGAGGGUGAAAGGGAUAAGGUUCGUCGUACUUGUGACGAACGAGGCAGCCGCCUGAACCAGCUGGUGGCUGAUCAUGAGGCUCUGCAGCGACUCCACCAACAGCUGACCAGAGAAUACGACAACCUUGUCAAAGAACACAACAACCUCAAAUCAACUCACAAGAAUCUAAAACUAGAGCAAAAGGAACUCAAGGAAAAGCAGAAUGAGAUGUCAGCUGGUGAAGAAGACUUGCUGAAGCUGCGUGAAGCCUUGGAAGCGGAGAUGAACAAACUCAAGACAGAUUCCACUACUCUAGCUAAUCUCCGUGGAGAGCAUUCAAGACUUAAGGAUGAUUUCCGAAGUCUUUUCUCUGCCAAUGAGAAGCUGAGAUCUGAGUACAAGAGUCUUCAGGGUGACUAUAAAGCCAUCAAGACAGAGAACAAUACUGUGAAGCUGCGGUUAACAGAGCUCAAUGGUGAGCUUAAUGACACACGAGACCAGAUGGCUGCAUUGGAUGUAGAGGUCUCCAAACUCAAUAAUAAGUGCCAGGUUCUCCAGACACUGAAUGUGACUCUUGAGGAAGACAGGAGAUCUCUGAUGUCACAGGUGUCACUGUUGCUCACACAGUACCAUGACCUCCUCACACAAACACUGGAGGACAAGCAGCACUUCCACCAGGAGGAGAAGAAUUUCACGGACAAGCUGAACAACCUCCGGCGCCAGAAGGAGAAGUUAGAGGAGAAGAUCAUGGAGCAGUAUCGACGCAUGGAUAACUCACCAUCCAAGAAGUUAUCACCGGGCUGUGUGCCGUACUCGAAAGGCUUUGGCUCCAAUCUUGUGCGACGAGUAAGGAAAGCUGGAACUGAGCUGAUCAACAAAAGUGGACGCUCAAGAUCCAGAGGACGUGACGAAGGAGGAGAAAGUCCCGACUCUUCAUCUCUGGGGUCAUCUUCGCACGCCAACGAUUCUAUGGACUCUGGCUCUGAAACGCGGCGCUCCUCCCCAAACCUCCCACCGUCUCCCCCCCAUGACAGUGAAGUAGCAGAGCAGAGAAUGGGAAGGAAUGGACAGACUCCCAAUCAUUACAGGAAGAGUUUACCGCCUCUGAAUGAUGUCUUUGCCUCACAGAUUCUCAGAGGCUCAGUGUCAUCAGAGGAUGUGGGAAGUUUGCAGUCAGGUGAUGCCAGUGACAGUCACCAGGAAGACUCGCUGUCCACUGUUACAGCUGGAAGCGGGACUGCAGAACUGAGCCGAGCAGGGUCCAGACGUCCUGUAUAUCUCACUGAGGAUUCAGACUCCAUACCCACCCGCGAUGUAGGACCUGAACCGCUUCAGAACAACCAGAAUCGAGGCAGAGCUUCACUAAGGAGCAAUGCAUCUUCUUCAAUGAGCCAACAGGUGAUGAACAGGAGUUACAGCAAUGUACACAGCAGUCUACCCCCAUCCACCCCAAGGACCCCAACCCCCGGGGGAGUGCCAAGAUCAUCAACGCCCAAGACUGGUGUUCGGAGAGAACGGGCAGUAGACGACGAACUCCCUACCACUCCCCGUUUACCACCCCGCGCCGAUCAUUCCUCCAGUGCGCCACAGGUUCCCCCAAGAUCCCGUCGUGGGUCCAGCAUAGUCCAGCAGGACUCCCUAAGCUCUAGUCACUCAACUCCCCCUGAGAUCCCAGACCUUAAGCCCCCCAAGCCACCACCACGUCCACCUCCUUCUGACGAUACACCGCUGAAACAGUCCAAGGAUAUUGUGGAUAACUCGGUGUGGUAUGAAUAUGGAUGUGUUUAGUUCACCAGUGAAGUGAGAUAUGGACUCCUGGAUUUAAAAGGCUGGAAGAAAACAGAGGAAAAAAAAAAAGAAGAUAAUAGGAGAUUGCUUCUCAUAUAUGUCUGUUAAUCUGUGUAUCAUAAAUACAGCAUCCAGUUACUUGUGAAAGUCAGUCAUCCAAUAAGUAAAUAAGGUCUAUAUAUUCCUUAUUGUGUAUUCUCCUAAACUUCAAAGUGUACAGAGUCUUUGUGGCUGAUGUCCUCUGUAUAGUAAGUGGAGGAAUAGCCUACCUGAACUUCAUUAUAACUUCUCAUCCAAGAAGUUCUGGUGUUCAAAUUGCAAUACGUACAUGGUGCAUGACUUGCUGUAGUGACUUCAGUACAGGUGGUUCUGACUGUAGUUAGUAAAUACAUUUGACAUCAGCUGAUCUCAACAGUUUGUAAUCUGUUAGGUUGAUCAGGUAUGUGUUAUAAGAAUUACAUUCUCCAGGUUCAUAUUAUUUUGUAUACUGCUUUUGUGAUUUUGUUGUAAAUAUUUCAAAGGGCACAACAGUUUAUUUGUACAUAUAUUUGUAGUCAACUCUUGUAAUAAUUUUUGUCAUGAAUAUGUCACCAUAUUUUGAUUUUUCUAUAUAUUAGUAGAGAAAUCCAAAUGAAGUGUGAACAUCUUGUAAUUUAAAGCAUAUCAUUUUCAUUUCAUCUAGAACAGAGAUCUUUUUUAUUUACAUAUUAGAUUAAUCAUUCAUAUACCCUCGUAAGAUAAAUCCAAAUUUGAGUCAUUAAAACAAUGAUGUCCUGUGGCUUGUUAGUCUUCCCUAAAGACACUGACUGGAUUGUGCAUCUUCACUCAUUUUCUUUCAAAAUUAACAUUGUUACUGAUUUUUAAUUGACCAUCAUAUCAUUUAUAUGAUAUUAUGAUCUGAUAGGGAAAAAAAUACUAUUCUUUACCAUUAUUUUAAGGUAAAACUUUGCUUUUUCUCCAUUUUCAAAUCUGUUUUGUUUUUACAUUUUUAACCUUUUGUCCAAAUGUCAAUGUAACAUAGCUACGUUAAACUCAUUCUGUGGGUGAAGUAUUCUGAUUCAGCUACUCAUUGUCUUAAGGCAUAGAUGAUGUUAGUUCGUUCAGUCAAGGUGUGUGCAUUUGUAGUGUUCCUAAUGGCUACAGUUGUAGCCUCCUUGUCAACUUAGAAUGUACAGCCAUGCUAAUUAAAUGCUCGUUGUGAAAGAAAGACUCCUUAUGCUAUUGUCUUCAGUGCAGGUACAUUGUUUUACUUCAACUCCAAUCUCUAUGAAUCAGUGGCAAAUCCAGUGCAAUGUUACUAGCCAAUUCUGCAAGUUUCGUUGGUACUGAAGCUAGUCUCCCAAAUGUAAAGAGGGAUAAGUUUAAAAUUUACACUUGCAGUUAGCUUCUGAAUAUAACUAAAUUUAUUCAUGUUACAAAAUCAAAAAGUCGAAACUUUAAAAUGUAGAAUCAUGUAACAAUCUCUCUCUUCCAGUGUUAAAAUUUGUCUAGUGCAUUUCUGUACAUUUCCAGUGUAUUAAUGAUUUCUCACCUCACCAUUUAUUGACUGUUUCCUGUGUGAAACAUAAUAUUGUUCAGCUUAUGACUGAAGUUGUCUUUUAACUUGACACUUACUGCUUCAAGAUUGCAGGACAGCAUGAAAUGAAAAUAAAAAUAUGAAUGUAAA